CUACUUUCCGGCUUUGUGAUUGGUUCUAAUGUACGUCACUCGAGGACAAAGACUGCUUUCUCACUUCUAUUGGCCGCCCUUACCCAACAAGAUCCCUUCACUAGAAUGCAGUUGGUUGAGAGACGUUUAUAGCUUUCCUUCAUUGGUUAGGUUUUCUGGAGGGAUUUGUUCAAUGUGAAAGCUUCGCUCUGAUUGGUUUAUUGGUCGGUGUGCCAGUGGAACUUUGAUGAACGGACAUCUGUGAAAUGGUUCAACUUGGGCGCCGUCCUGUGUCGUGUUUACGAUAAAAAUGUCUGUACACAAUUAUAACAGACCUCAUGUUUUUCUUAGCAAAUAAUUGUAACGGUGCGAGAAAGACAGAUAGAGGGGAGAGAUUGAGGAUGUUGACCUAGUUCCCUGAAUUGCUCCCCUAAAUAGUCUGUCCAAUGGAGGGAGUUUCCAAGGUUCCCCCAACCCCUUUCUGUAAUCCCUCUCACAGCGAACCUCCACCCCACCUUCUCCCUCUUUCCUCCGUCACCCCCAGCUGUGAAGAUGGCAAAAAGCCUGGUGACAGGAGGAGGAGUGGGCGCAUUCAGAAGACACCGAAGAAGCAGGAGCCCAAAGACGCAGUGGCAGAGUCCAGACAAAAUACAUCCCCUGCCAAGAGAGGGAGGGAGAGCAGCAUGGUAGUUACAUGUUUAAGUGUUAAUGGUUUCUUAGAUAUUAUAGGCUACCGAAAAGGGUCUAGUUUGGUAAUCAGUUCACUCCUCUCUGAUCCUUAGGUGCAAGCGUCUCAGUCUCUGUCAGUAAAGCUAAUGAGAGUUGAUACCCCCCGCAAACAACUACUAAAAAAGAGCGGUUUGGAUCUCAAUGUUGCAUCAGGAUGUCAAAUGUCUAAGCACAAGGACACGAAAAAACAAUGAGACUCCAUCCUCUUCCACACAAGCUUUAGAUGUAAAUACUGCUGGCAAGACUGAACAUGAUUUCAACCAAUCAGGUAUGGAGGCGGAUGAAGAGGUUGUUGGUGGAAAGUCCCCUGGAAGCCCGACCUCUGUGAAGCGAUGGGUGAUUGGCCCAUUGUUUCAGUCGUUUAAAUCCAAGAUGGCCAGUUUCACACAGAUUGUCAUGAGUCCCGUCCGACUUUUCAAACCCAGUGGCUCCCCACCUGAACCAGAUGUAGACAUCUCCUCUGCCUCUCAUAGCUCUCACCAACAAGGACCUGGAUACGGGCUAACCUCUGGCACAGUGCAACACUUUGAAGCUGGAACAGGAGAAGAUGACCCUGCCUCUCGUAAACGCUUAAAGUUCAGCAUGGAUGAAGAAGAGGAGGAUGAGUUUUCUCUUGAGGUGAAACAAAAUAUGAUGCGACCUGGAGAUGAGCAAAGUGACACCCUUAUGUCAACCUGCUCAGAAAGGGAGAUGAAUAACAAUGAUUCUUUACCUUGUAUGCAGCGUAGUCCCCUACUCAGAAGCCGUAUCAAGUGUGGUUCUGAAUCAACGGAGUCCCAGCUCAACUUGUCCUCUUCCACGUCCUUAAAACCCCCUGACUCUUCAAGUGCCACAUGUGGGUCCAAGCUGUCUCUCAUUGUUCAAAUGGAGGAGCAGGUGGAUUUGACAGGAGCUCAGCGGAGACCAUUGCGCCGAAAAUGUGUUUGUCAAAAUGAAGCUGCAUCACAGAGCAGUCCCUCUGCUGCAACUGAUGCAUCUCAAGCAGACCGCAUCUCUAGUUUGCUAGCUGAAGUAGGAAUCUGUGAGCCCAAGGCUAAACGGCUUGCCACAAAAUCUUUUGUAGGGUGCAAAAUCUGGGACUAUAUUGACAGUGAAACAUCUAGUCCAUUAUCCUCCUCUAUCUACUAUACCCCUUCUGAGAGUCUAUGCCAGGCAGAUGAUGACUGUAUAAAAGCUGUUGGGCUGCCUCAAGACCGAAACAUGUUGGUAUGUGGUUCCCAGUCACAUAUGUCUAUCCGGAAAAGCCCCAGAAAACCUUCAAAUGUUACUGGAAACGAAACACUGAACAACUGUCAGUGUCUUCAAAAGCAGAUAGAUGAGUGUGAAGGAAGCAAGGCUAUAUGGCAGGCACAGCAAAGGAAGGUAAGAGGAGAUGCAGAGCAACUCCUUUUACAGCGAUCAAGAGAGACGCAGAGAAAAGGAAAAGAGUGAAAGUGACGAAAGGGGAGAGAUGUGAAGAGGUUACAAAAAAAGAAGACACGGUAGAUGUUGAGUUAGAAAGUUGCACAUUAACAUCGGUAGAGCACACGAGUGAUGUAGAACUUGUCCAGCCGGGGGUUGGAACAAAACUGUGUACAACUUCUAAAUCUCAGUCUCUUAAAAGUAGGGUGCUGCCUCGGGUUAGCCAGAGUUCUACCGUACACAUUGAAACCACUCAGAAACCCUCUGAUACACAUGUACCUCUGAUGGAGGUGAUGAAGGACAAAGGUAGAGACGAAGUGGGCGUGUUAAGAAAAAUACGUCUUUCACAGUAAUGGCCACUUCAAGUAAUGGGAGUGUACUAGAGCACAGUAAUGGCAGUUUGUGUGACAACAGCAUAGCAGCCAGCAAUAGUAGGGGUAUGACCAGUGCCUUGAGUUAUGGUGACACUGACUCUAGUUCAGCAUGUAAUUUGGAAAUGGAAACUACCAUGACAACCACUUUGAUGAAAGAAAAUCAUGAACUGCCUGUCUCUGAGCAGCACUUAGAUAUCAAGGGGAAGUGGCCUCAUACGGCAUCCAAAAAUCAGCAAAAACACAUCUGUAAGAAGAGGAAGAUUUCCCCUAUCGUUGAAGUGGAGUCAUCUCAAAAUCAACAAAAGUGUCCAAAGUUGAAUGAGAUCGCUUCAGAAGAGAGUCGUCCACUAAAACCACCGAAACACAAAGAAAUCCAGUAGGUCUUAUAACUUGAGCUCAACCCAACAGCUUGGCACGUCUUUAGGGCUAACUGAUGUUGGUGCCGAUCACUUGCACUCAUUGAAGCCCAGCAAAGAUGACAAUGUCCAUGUAGAUUCCAGAUCUUCAAACGUUACACAACAGACUUUACAGACUACCGCAGUCGUGGCUGUCCACAAAGACGCAAGUUGGGGAGCAGAAAUGAGUGGGUCUGACUCUUGCAAGAGCCCAAAGAAGAAUCUGAAUGGAUCUAAUAAACCUCUGCUAGUGAUGCAUUACUGGUGGAUAAGAGGUUUGUGGAACCCCUUGGUGGACAUAAGCGAGUCAGGCGAGGUCCGUCCACAGAGGACAAUGACAAGACAACUCAGUCCCUGCAACUUCAUCAAAUAACAGUUGAAGAUAAGAAGAGAACUGUGCCUUGGCCUGUGCGAACUUAUCCCAAAUGUUCAAUAAAGCUGAACAAAAAUGUAGUGAAACAUUCUAUGGCUAUUCAAGGAAAUGAUGUGGCAAGGGACUCUGAUGUAGAAGAGGUAUUUUCCACUGCCUCUGAACCAACUAACCUUGGCCAGAACAAGGCUGUUGACAAGGUGAUGGAGGAGGAGCAGGGGAAGGAAGAUGAGUGUUCUGAACUGCGUGUACCCUCUGAGACGAGGCUAAGGGGGAAGGGGGCAAAGAAAGAUGCCAAAGAAAGCAGAGAAUCAAAGUAGGAAGCGCAGGCCUGUGGUUAGGAAGAGGGGGCAGGAAGAAGAGAGGAGAGAAAUGCCGUGAUUGGUGAGCAGAUGGACUUUUCAUCAGAUAACAACAAGACACUUACCAAGCGUCUGUUGCGGAGCUACUCCUGCCCAGAGAUCCCUACUCUCCUCCACCAUGACAGCCACUGGACCACCUCUCUGCACGGCAGGAUCCUCUCCGUACCUCGGCUCCACCCCGCCCUCUUUCCUCCUGUCCCCCCUCCUCCCGCACCGUCCAGACGUCCACGGCGUCAUACUGUCUCUAGUGUGGAAAUUGAGCGGGAGAUAGCUCCGUUAUGCCUGCGUAAGGAGGUGUUCCCCUCAAGAAGGUCCUACUCAUUGGGCACCCCGUCCUACCACCUGUUCCCCAGUGCGCCACUCUCCACUUCCAUCUCUGCCUGGGCCUCCUGCUUCCUGUCAAGCCCCCUGGCCUUCCUCUCCAGGAAAUUGCAAAAAGGAAGUCUAGCUGCCAGUAGUAGUGCUUGCAGUCAUGAUACCUCUUCUCCCCCUCCAGUGUUUUCUCUUCCAUUUCACCAUCCUGCUCUUCCUUACGGCACCUGUUCUCCAGUUCUGAUCCCUGUGACCUGACCUCAGACACAUCCUCUGCUUCAGUCUCCUCCCUUUGCAGUGCAUUUGUCAAAGAUUCCCUUGGAGAGUGAGACAAGCCAGCAACGUGAGGAGGAUGGAGAGAAUGUGGAGGACAGCAACCGUUUCAGGACUGAGUUCGAAGCCAUAGGGAUGAGAGAGGAAAAAAGCAUUGUCAGAUUCUGAAAUUAAGUUGGAAACCGGCAAGCAUGAGGAACGAAGGAAAGUAUCAUCCAUUCGAAUUCGUAAAGCCUUACCCAAACCCCUCCACAACCUCACACCCAUGGGCCUGCCCAAGCCUAUCAGGGUGAAGAAGAAGGAGUUCAGUUUGGAAGAAAUCUACACUAAUAAAAACUUCACCAAGCCCCCUGAAAGACGGCUGGAGACCAUAUUUGAGGUGCCACUCAGUCGACGCGAUGGGUCUCAGUCUCUCCUUGGCCAGAAGCGUAUGAAGCGUUUUGUGGAGUUCCCAGAGGUUGGUGUGGCCAGAAAGCCAAGGAAGCCACUUGUUGGUGCUGGGGCAGGGGGUGGUUUACCCAGGAAAGCUGGGGUUGGCACUCCUUUCGGAAGGCCCAAGCGCGGGGGUUGCCCCUCUUCUAAAGAUCACCCCACACUCAAUCUGCAGGAGCUUGAUUCACUUCUUUGCUCCAAGCUUGACCAACUGGAUUCCUGGUUAGCUUUUGACCAGGAGAUCUGUUGAAAAAUGGCAAUCAAAGGGGGUAGACAAAAGCACAUUUACAUUUUCGAAAAUAUUCUCAUUACAAUUUGCCCAGCCCUGUUGCCUUCCACCCAACAUCAAGCUUGUCCUCAUCUUCUGUAAUUGUUUACAACAUUUUUAUUUUGUGGGUGUGUGUUAUUUACCGUCCAUUUAGUUGUUUAAAAUGAUCAUUGAAGAAUUUUUGUAUUUUCAUUGUGUACUAUUUGUAGAUAACGAUAUGGAAUAUACUGUUAUUGUAAUAUUUGAAUAUCUAUGGAUGUAAUGCAUUUUUUAUAAUUGGUUGAGGUCAGUGAGUGUGCAUAAGUGUUUGUGUAUUUAAAACUGCUAUUUCUGCACUCAGUUUUGUUGAUAAUCUGCAUUCUUAAUAUGCCAGUGCCUCAGCCUUUUAAUCAUUAUUAAACCUUUUCUGCUUUAUUAA